CAAAAGAUAUUGUGAGAACCACAUUUACUUUCUGACGAGGGACGCACUUGCAUGGUAAAGAGUGAAAGAAGAUCGUUAACAGAAGUCAUUUGUUGGCUUUUCCUGCCAGCCCAGAACAGGUUUGAAAUGCUAAUAAUCUUUUAUAGAAGUAAUGAUUAGGAGAUUUAUCUCUAAUGACUUUCAUCUUAUGAAGCAGAUAUCCAUUAAGAAAGAUACCAUGGCUACUUAUUCUUCUUCUGAUGUUUGGGCUAAACAACAGGAAAAAAUAUUUUUCCUUGUAAUCUUUCCUUCUUUAUUGAAGGAAGAAGUCAAGUCUAGUCAAUACAACCGUUAGAGAAUUUUACGACUCAACUUGUUGAAAACCUUCGUGGUUGCUUAGGCUUAACUUUGACAAGUUCAAGUAGCAGAAAAAACUCUUUUGUUUUCACUAGUAGCUGGCUGGAGUUCCACAGGCUGAAUCUUUGUAUCAUAUAGGCUUUACAUUGCAAAUAAACUAGUAUAAUAGAAUUGAUCAUUCUGA